GCAUACAAAGGGGAGAGGAAGCCGUGUUCAAUGUUUCUCCGCAAACGACUCAAGCCUUCGCCCCCGAACGAAAUAUCAUUAUUUCCACUUUAAAAAAUCCCGUUUUCUUCACCAGAUAAGUGGGUAAAAGAAAACGUUUCGACCAUGAUAAACAUGAUGGACUGUGCGGUGGACGCACAGAGCCUGAUCUCCAUUUCUCUACGGAAAAUCCACAACUCCAGAACGCAGAGAGGAGGCAUCAAGCUUCACAAAAACCUCCUGGUCUCCUACGUCCUGAGGAACGCCAGGCAAGUCUAUAUGAACGAGAAGUACGCGGAGAUUUACCGGAUGCAACAGUACGAGGAGGUAAUGACCGUUUGUAAUGAAAUUCAGGAGCUGAACCCUCUCGAUUUGGCUGAGGACUGCGUGGAGCAGAGCGACGAGUGCUGCGGCGAGCCGGCGAGCCUCUGCGGUGCACUACUGCCCGCCAGCCUAACGACAGUGCAGCCAGCGCAUAUCCAAACACCUACUCCCUGCUCUGCGCCUUUAUCUCUCCAAAGCGAGGAGAUCUGCAAGGAACCUGAUUCUUCAUUCUACCGGAGCUGUUGCGCAGAAGCUUACCCUGUGUCGAAUUGUGACUUUUCAUCAAGUAACAACAUGUACUGUAACAAAACGACGGUGCUGGAUUUGGACACGCACGUAGUGACUACAGUUGAGAACGGAUAUCUCCACCAGGACUGCUGCGCGCCGCUCCAACAGUGUUGUCAAGGCGCACAAAAUCCUGCCAAGAAGCGCAAGGUUGACUUUGGGUAUUAUGUGUCCGAACCAGAGGAGGUACUGGAUUUUACGCCAUGUAAAAGGGUAAGGAUGGAAGAAUGUACGUACUCGGAGCAGUUUGACAAUUCGAACAUUUCCAACCUGAUCUCGAUCUUCGGGAAUGGGUUUACGGGGCUAGUGAGCAAGCAGGCGGACUUUGAGCAAGCCUUAAACGGACAGUUCUGUAGCAAACAAGCACUGGCGAGCCUCGGAGCAUGGACUAGAGCGAUUGUGGCUUUUUGACUCUGUGGUAAAUUAGACCAUUUAUUAAAUUGUACAGUUUAAAAAUAAAUGUACUUUAUUUUUUCUAAAAAGCUAUUUAAACAUUGGGCGGGUUGUGUUCGCUGUUUCAUUUAAACUGGGAGGGGGAGAAUGGUUCUACCACAUGUGAUGUGUCGAAAAUGUCGACAUAACAUAUACACAUUUUAAAUUGUUGUGGAUUUUUAACGAACUUGAUUUCGUUGCCUUAAACCCAACACAUUCUGCUAGCCAUUGCUACAAACAUUUGAAGUGAUCGAAUGUCUUGCUCGCGGACUUUCCCCCUCAUUUUCUCGUUUCUAUAUUUUGGACAGUUGUCUCAAACACUCCAAAUGAAUCACAUCAUCAUAUGUACACAUUUCGGACCAUACCAAAACUGGGUUAACCCUUUAUGAUGUUCUGUGCGCGUUUGCGUUAAACUGUUUGUUACACUAUGGAACCAAUGUAGGGAACUGCAUAAACACGGCUGAGUUUUCAGAUAUCUCCUAGUCAAUUUGGAAUUUACUUGGAGCUACUUGAGCACAAAAAAAGAUUGGUUGAGACGGGCAUCUACAGGGGGGUCAUCUUCACAUGUCUGACACAUGGCUUAAACCCACAGCAUCCUGUAGUGAGUGAACUUUUCUGGAAGCUGUGGUCAAGGUAUGCAAUUUGAUUAGUGUUAUACUUUCAGUCAGUACAUUGACUGGGGGAGGUCUGGGCUUCAAAAUCAAGUAUUGAUGGGUCCCUCAGCCCAGUGUGUCAGUCUUGUGGCCGUUUUUGAUUGAAUGAAUUGACUACAACUCCCAGGAUGCACAAAGUAAUUAGACCACCCUGGUUAAAUGACAAUUUGUUCUGUGCAUUGGCCACGUUUCUCCCCACCCAAUGAAAUCUCUUGUGCAAGUUAUUGCUCAGGCCCACAACAUAACUCCAUAAUGCAAACUUGAUUUUGUGAAAUCUUAACAUUUUGACAUCUUUAGACCUUUUGUUCUAAAAAGGCAAAUGUAUAAUUUAGCCAUAAGUUCUCCCCCCACAUAUGCACUAUGUGUACUGAUGUUUUUGGGCGUUCUCACUUUUUUUUUUUUUCUUCUUUUUUUUUUGCCAUUGUACUUUUGUGUAUAUUAAAUUGUAUAUCACCGGGUAAAACUGUUUUAGAAAUAUUUGUUAAAAUUUAUAAUCUUAAUAAAAAAAUCGACAAUUCA